UAAAUCAUCGGUUGGCGAUCAGUCAUGGCAAACACGGGUCUUCAGGUGAUGGGUCUGGUCCUGGGCGUCGCAGGCUGGGCGUUCGGGAUCCUGGUCUGUGCCGCCCCCUGGUGGCGCGUGUCGGCGUUCGUAGGGGACGAGCUGGUGGUGUCUCAGGUGCUGUGGGAGGGGCUGUGGAUGACGUGUCUGUCGCAGUGGGGCCGCCUGCAGUGUAAAGUCUAUGACUCCGGCCUCGCCCUCUCAGGCUCCGCCCAGAUGUGCCGUGGCCUGAGCGUGCUGUCGCUGCUCCUGUGUCUGCUGGCGCUCCUGCUCAGCGUGACCGGGCUGAAGUGCACGCGCUGCCUGGGCGAUGCGCACGAGACCAAAGCUCGGCUGGGGCGGGUCGCCGCGGCGCUCUUCCUCGCGGCUGCGUUUUUCUUCCUUUUGCCGGUGUGUUGGAGCGCAUAUGUCGUGAUACGCAAUUUCUACGACCCGAACGUCGCCGCGCCACUUAAACGUGAACUCGGACCGGCGCUCUAUCUGGGAUGGGGCGUGACCGUGCUGAUGCUGGUGGGCGUGUAA